AUGAUAUACAUUAAUUGUUAAUUAAGAUAUAUUAUAAAUGAAGCUGAACAAAUAAAUCAUGGAGAUAUUACUCAUCCAAUUAUUGAAUACUUAAAAUAUACAAUAAAAUUAAACAGUCCAUUUGAAGACAUAAUGGAAGAUGAAGAAUAAAAUUCAUAAGCAUAAUAAGUGGCCAUUAGUAUAUCUUAGAAAAUUACAACAACAAAAUGGAUUUCCUAUUUGCUUGAAAGUUAAAAUUCAUAAAUGUUUGCACUGAAUAGGGUAUUUGUAUUGGUGAAGAUAAUAUUGUUUGCUUGGGGAAAUAUAACUAUAUUGUAAUGGGAAUUUCUAAAUUGGAAUGAUAGAAUAAAUAGCACUGACUAUUUAUAAUCUAUAUUAAUAGUAAUGACCUUAUUUUCAAUGCUCAUAGGAUAUAUGAUAAUAGCUAUGAUAAUCUGUAUAUUAUUAAUAAUAUGUGCUAUAAUUCCUAUAAUAAUAGGAGUAGCUAUAUGGUAAUCAUGCAGUUUGUGUACUGAUCUUUAUGAUGAGUAUAAAUAACAUAGAAUUGAAUAAUAAAGACAAGGAUUUUUAUCAAAUUUAAAUUCACAAAAAUUCUAAGAUUUAAAGAAUUAGGAUAUAAAUAUACAUGAAGAGUGUUCAAUAUGUUUAUAGACUUAUCAAAUUGAUGAUGAUUGUAUUAAAUUACCUUGUAAUGUUGAUGGUGGUAAUAAGAAAAUUGAUCACAUAUUUCAUGAUGAAUGUAUAAGAAUUUGGAUAUAAGAUCAGGGUUCUUGUCCAAUAUGUAGAACUAUAUUUAUUGAAAGACUUGAAAAUUGA